GAACUUGUAAUCUUAAAAAAAAAGGCUGAGUUGUGACGUCAGGACAAGGCAGUACGUACGAAUCCCAGUAAUCUUAAAAAAAAUUGUUUAUGCUUCGGAGGAAGGAUAUCGAUGAGUGGGCCUAGUACAGGCCUAAGCUAAACUGCAGACCCAACGAGAAGGAUAGUUAUACGACCCAAAACAAGGUCGAGAGGGAGACUCUCUAAGACCAAAAAUACAAAUUUCUUUUAGCGCAGCAGUCGCCAUGGACGCAUCCGUGAUCAAAGGUGUGGAAGGUCUGGAACUGAACGGUAGUGAUGCAGCGAUUCGAAAAAGCAGUAUUAGCAGGAUUGCGGUUGAGGGAUACGACACCACCUCCCAUCCUAGGGUGGAUGUUGAAGAGGCCCUGAGAAAACACUUUGCAUCACGUGGAAUAAAGCUAAUACAUGCUUCUGCUCCCGAAAUCGACAUCGAUUUCACUAUUCUCUGCAGAUACGCCUUAAUCUAUGUUAACGAAGAAGAUGAAGCAGAGGCGUUGAAGCUUGAUGGAAGUGACAUGGGAGGACGUAUUUUACGAGUUACGGCUUACCCUUUUGGCAACAAUCGCCUUGAGCAUUUAUUGUCUCCUACCAAAGCACAAGACGAUUACCUACAGCGCACGUUGGAUGUUACAGGAUUUGAUACUUCCAUGGCUAAGGAUGAUGUUAAGGAGAUGGUACGUAGGGUUUUCCCUCGAACCGGUUCCGGUUGUUCUGUUUUCGGGGAUGGGCGUGUUUUCGUUUAUCUCCGUGGACGAGAUGCUAUUGACAAGGCUCUGAAACUUAGCGGAGGUUCUGUGGGAGGCUUUAAAAUUGUAGUUAAUGAGGUCCUCCCAAUACAGAAGUUGGGCGGUGGCGGUGGCGUAUCUCGAGCAAGUAUGUUGGCUAUGGCUGAGAGAGAUAAAGCAGCUAGGUUGGCUAUGGCUGAGAAAGAUAAAGCAAUGCCAUGUGAGGGAAAUCAGAAGGCGAUCAUGACUACGGACUAGAAAUCUCUCUCCCUCUCAAAUGCGCUGUCUCGUGUUAUUAACUUGUCUUGCAAUGCCGCCACCUUCUUUUCUCUUGUCUGGAUGUUGAAUGUUAUGUUUUGUCUAGAUUUUGAAUAUGUUUCUAUGCGUGUGUUGUUUU